AUAGCAGGGGGCUGUUCCAAGACCUAGGCCUCCACGUAUUCACCUGGUUCUCUGUGGCCCCCGCAAGGCAGCUGAGCAGAUCCAGGGACGCCUGCCGCUGAAUUCCAAGUGUACUUUCAUGCACAUCACCUCCGUGCCUGCUAAGUCCUGCAGCCUGUGGCAUUGUGGGUCUGGGUUGCUAUGGCCCAGGCCCUGGGGGAGGACCUAGUGCAGCCUUCUGAGCUGCAGGACGAUUCCAGCUCUUUGGGGUCUGACUCAGAACUGAGUGGGCCUGGCCCCUAUCGUCAGGCUGACCGCUAUGGCUUCAUUGGGGGAAACUCAGCAGAGCCAGGGCCAGGUCACCUUCCUGCAGACCUCAUCCGCCAACGGGAAAUGAAGUGGGUAGAGAUGACCUCACACUGGGAGAAGACCAUGUCCCGACGGUAUAAGAAGGUAAAGAUGCAGUGCCGGAAGGGCAUCCCUUCUGCCCUGCGGGCCCGGUGCUGGCCUCUGCUGUGUGGAGCUCAGGUGUGUCAGAAGAACAGCCCUGGCACCUAUCAGGAGCUGGCAGAGACCCCUGGAGACCCACAGUGGAUGGAGACCAUUGGCAGAGACCUACACCGUCAGUUCCCUCUGCAUGAGAUGUUUGUGUCACCCCAGGGUCAUGGGCAGCAGGGGCUCCUGCAGGUUCUCAAGGCCUACACCCUGUAUCGACCAGAACAGGGCUACUGCCAGGCCCAGGGCCCUGUGGCGGCUGUGCUGCUCAUGUACCUGCCUCCGGAGGAGGCCUUCUGGUGCUUGGUGCAGAUCUGCGAGGUCUACCUCCCUGGCUACUACGGGCCCCACAUGGAGGCUGUGCGGCUGGAUGCCGAAGUGUUCACAGCCCUGCUGCGGCGGCUGCUCCCGCGUGUGCACAAGCACCUACAGCAGGUGGGCGUUGGGCCCCUGCUCUACCUGCCCGAGUGGUUCCUGUGCCUCUUCGCCCGCUCCCUGCCCUUCCCUACGGUGCUGCGCGUCUGGGAUGCUUUCCUCAGCGAGGGUGCCAAGGUGCUGUUCCGAGUGGGGCUGACGCUGGUGCGCCUGGCACUGGGCACUGCAGAACAGCGUGUGGCCUGCCCAGGACUCCUGGAGACACUUGGUGCCCUUCGAGCCAUCCCUCCCGCCCAGCUGCAGGAAGAGGUCUUCAUGUCCCAGGUGCACAGUGUGGCCCUGUCCGAGCGGGACCUGCAGCGGGAGAUCAGAGUCCAGCUGGCCCAGCUGCCCAAGUCAGCUCCUGGGCCACUACCUCAGCCACAGACCCGCCUUCCUGGGGCCCAGGCCAUCUUUGAGGCCCAGCAGUUGGCAGGGGCACGAGGGGGUGCCAGGCCUGAGGUACCCCGAAUUGUGGUGCAGCCCCCAGAGGAGCCCAUGCCACCACGGCGCAAACCCCAGACCCGCGGCAAGACUUUCCAUGGUCUACUGACUCGGACCAGGGGGCCCCCCAUUGAGGGUGCUCCCAGGCCCCAUCGAGGCUCUGCCUCCUUCCUGGACACCCGUUUCUGAAGGUGCCAUGGACUCAGGGCCCCCGAGGUCCAAUCCCCUGAGUGGCUGAUGCAGCCCCGCACACAGGCACCGCACUUUACUGCUGAGAUUGGUGACUCCUCUUUGUUCCCAGUGAGGACCAUGCAGCCAGGGAAGGGAGAGUCCCCUCCACUUUAUGGACUGUGCAGGCAUGAGAUCAAAGGUCAUAAACGGGGGCUCGUGGGGCCCAAGCUGGCCGAGCACCCAUGGAGCUGUCUUGGCGCCAGUAUCAAAGAGCAGAAAGAUGGUGGCGGUGAGCUGCUGGCUGGACUGAGGGACCCCUGAGGCUCCUGGAGGACCUGGAAUAAAGUCUGACUGAGCAGCUGCCUGGAUGGAGGUGGAUCAGAUGCCUGUGCCCCCGACCUGGGCUCGCCAUCCCUUCCCCGCCUGCCCUCGCCCACCUUCUGGGCCUGCCCUCUCCUCUCUGACUGGGGGCACCCGAGGCUGCCCGCUGGCUGCUGGGG